AUGAGUACUGGCGGAAGGUUCAUCAGGUGUUCUGGUCUUAUUCUGUCGGGACCGGGUGCCGUACGAUUUCUCACCUCUCACAUAAUAGCAUGUCGUAUUUCGGACGGGAGAAUCUCUGGAGUGACAUGUCCGUCUUCCCUCAGAUGGUCUUCCUUUAUCGCCACUCUGCAAAGCCUUGCGAGCUCGGACUGGAAUGGAAGAAUUACAGAAGAAUGGAAGAAUUACUGGCGUCCGCUCGACCAGUUCGAAGAUCAACGGGAGUCAAGUGGUUUCGAUCACCGUCUCUAUCGUGCAGAAACACGACCUAGCCACACGAUGGGCAAGAACAUGUGCUAUCAACAACGAAUGAGGAAAGAAGUAUACGACGACUGCGAGGACUCCUUGCGCCAAGGUGACUGGCACAUUGAAGAGGACACUGAAGUGUGA